AUGUAUCCCACACGGUACGGCCAACCAACAAUACUCGUUCCAGGGGACAAUGGGCAGAACAACAGUGCUGAUGCGUCCGUGACCAACAGGAUACUCCGAGCCCAGCACGGCCACCCCAAGCCCAGCAUCACCGGCUUCGACCCCAAAAAGUUCGCACACUCGGCCGGCCAGCCGCGCUACGACCCGUGGGAGAGAGCCGAGGCAUGGCGAUACCAGGGCCUCUUCUCGCGCUGGAACCGGUUCAAGGGCGCCUUCCCGGGCCUGGGCAUCGCGACCGUAGCCUUCGCGGUCUACCUCGGAUACGAACAGCUGUUCCUCAAGGAUGAGCACCACGGCGAUGGGGGACAUGGAGAGGGGCAUCAUUGA